AGCACACAACUCACAUGUGCUUCGAAUAAACACAUUUCGGUCGCACAUAAAUGAUAGUUAUCCGCAUUUUAAAUCGCAUAUUUUUCAAUCUACCUUUAGAAGUAUUUUAGGUGUUGUUUUUUUGUUCUAUACUAGAAAAAUGGCCAAAAAUAAGAAUUUAAAACGCAAACCGGCACCAUUCAACAAAAAUAAACAGAAAGAACCCAUAGAAGAUGAGUCGACAUCAGAUCAAGAAGAAAUAACAUUAAAUUAUGUGGAAAAUGAUGCUGAAUCUUCUGAUUCAGAGAAUGAAGAGGAUGCAGAGCAGUCAUCUGAUGAUGAGUUAAGUUUUGAAAGUGACGAUGAAGGUAACUAUCAACAAAACUUAAACAAAAAACAUCAUGUGCCAGCAGACAGUAGUGAUUUGGAUGAAAUCGAUGAAGAAGACGAAAGUGAAGAAGAUGUGAGCGAUGAGGAACAAAAUGACGAUGAUGUGUAUAGCAGUGAUGGUAGUGAGGAAUUGUCAUUUGAAGAAAAUAGCGACUUGAGUGAAAAUGAAGAGGAGACACCAAGUUCAAGUAAGAAGAAAGUAGUUUCAGUGAAAGAGAAUGGAACAAAAAAGUCAAAUGAUACGAAGAAACCGGGCAAUAAGCCUGUUAGAAACACUGAACCGAAAUCUGUUGUUUUAUUCAAGAACGAAUUGAAUAAGACUGAUGGUAGUUCAGGCAAAAGUAAUAAUAAAUUAGAUGAAUACGAGAAGCACGAUACUGACGACGAGGAAGAUAUUCGAAAUACAGUUGGCAAUAUUCCAAUGCAUUGGUACGAUGAAUAUAAACACAUUGGCUAUGAUUGGGAUGCCAAAAAAAUUAUUAAGCCAACAAAACGUGAUCAACUCGAUGAUUUCUUGAAGCGAAUGGAGGAUCCAAACUUUUGGCGGACAGUUAAAGAUCCACAAACCGGUCAAGACGUUAUACUCAGUGAUGCUGAUAUUGACUUUAUUAAACGUAUUAACUCUCGACGUAUACCCGAUGCCAAUUUCGAUGACUAUACCCCAUGGAUUGAUUGGUUUACAUCUGAGGUAGAAAGAAUGCCAAUCCGUAAUGUUCCAGAUCACAAACGUUCAUUCAUUCCGUCUGUAUCUGAAAAGAAGAAAGUGUCAAAAUUGGUUCAUGCAAUUAAAAUGGGUUGGAUGAAAACGACUGAAGAGCUUGAAAAGGAAAAAGGGAAGAAAGAUCCACAAUUUUAUAUGCUCUGGGAGACAGAUACCGGUAAAGAAGAUAUGCGCCGUAUUCAUGAUCAUGUUUCCGCACCAAAACGUGAUUUACCUGGUCAUGCUGAAUCAUACAAUCCACCACCAGAAUACCUCUUUGAUGAGAAAGAGAUGCGAGAAUGGCAUAAAUUUAAAGAGGAGCCAUCGCGGCGUAAACUACACUUUAUACCACAGAAAUUCAAUUCGUUGCGUGAGGUACCAUCUUACCCUCGAUACAUUCGUGAACGGUUUUUGCGUUGUCUUGAUUUGUAUUUAUGCCCACGUGCUCGUCGCAUGAAACUUAACAUUGAUGCUGAGUAUUUGAUCCCGAAAUUACCAUCACCAAAAGACUUGCAACCCUUCCCAACAACAGAAGCCUUGAUUUAUGAAGGUCAUACUGAUUUAGUGCGUACAAUUACAGUCGAACCGAAAGGCGAGUACUUUGCAUCCGGAUCAGAUGAUACCACUGUUAAGAUUUGGGAAAUAUCAACUGGUCGUUGUAUUAAAACUCUAGAAACUGGCGAAAUUGUACGGUCGGUGGCAUGGUGUCCGAAUCCAAAGAUUUCAUUGAUCGCAAUUGCAAGUGGCCAACGCUUGAUUUUAGUGAAUCCCAAAAUAGGUGACAAGAUGUUGACCAAGAAAACCGAUGAAAUUUUGGUCGAAGCCCCAAAAAUAGAUUUAUUGGAAAAUGAUCGAAUUAAAACGGCCGUUCAGUGGUCAACAAGUGAAGGUGACGAAUAUGAAAAGGGUUUCCGCUUAGUUAUAACACACUUUAAACCAAUCAAUCAAGUUACCUGGCAUGGACGUGGUGACUACUUUGCAACCGUUAUGCCUGAAGGAGCCAAUCGUAGUACACUCAUUCAUCAACUAUCGAAAAGACGUACACAAAUACCGUUUUCAAAAAGUAAAGGUCUUAUUCAGUGCGUCUUAUUUCAUCCAGUCAAACCAUGUUUGUUUGUAGCUACGCAGAAGAAUAUCCGUAUCUAUGAUUUAGUCAAACAAGAAUUGCUUAAAAAAUUAAUAACGAAUAGCAAAUGGAUUUCGUGUAUGGCGAUACAUCCCAAGGGCGAUAAUUUGUUGGUGUCCACGUAUGACAAAAAGAUGCUAUGGUUCGAUUUAGAUUUGUCCACGAAACCUUAUCAAACCAUUCGCUUACACAAAAAUGCCGUUCGAAGUGUUGCUUACCAUUUAAGAUAUCCCCUCUUUGCUUCAGCUAGCGAUGAUCAAUCAGUUAUUGUUUCACAUGGGAUGGUAUACAACGAUUUAUUACAAAAUCCAUUGAUUGUACCGCUGAAGAAAUUACAAACGCACAAGCCACACGAUGACUUUGGUGUUUUUGAUGUUGUUUGGCAUCCAACACAGCCAUGGCUCUUUUCAUCUGGUGCCGAUUCAACCAUUCGUUUAUACACAUAAAUUAUAGUUUCUUUUUUCAUGAAAUAUGGAAAUUUUAUCAUAUUUUUUUAGAUUUAAUAAAUAUUAUUUGAUAUUUGAAAAAUA